AUGUGCGCUGUCAACAUGGAACUUCAGUGGCAAAAGUUGACACAAGCGAUCGAGAGCCAACCGAUGCCUGAGCAAUUCAUCAACACUCGAGCCAUCAUUCAAUGUAACGAUUGCGCCGCGAAGUCAUCUGUCAAGUACCAUUGGCUCGGCAACAAGUGUAAUAGUUGCGAUUCAUACAACACCAACGAGCUCCGUAUCCUGAACGGUCCGGAGAGCGAAGAGACUGCCAAUGCGAUUCUCGAUGCAGACGAGGAUGAGACAUCCGGGGCUCGAUCACCAAUCAGCAUCAGCUCCCCUGCGUCUCUACCUCUUCGCUCACCACGCUACUACUUCCAGCCCGACGAACCGGAGCAGACAUGGCUUCCCGGUCAACUUCCGUCUUUCCCUUUCCAAAUGCCACAGUUUCCCGGCAUGCCGUCAGGGCAGCUACCAUCUUUUCCCUUUCAGAUGCCACAAUUUCGGGGCAUGCCCCAAUUCGCAGGAAUGCCUCGAAUGCCUGAAAUGCCUCAGAUGCCUCAGAUGCCGGACCCAUCUGAACUGCUGGAUCGCGUUCGCCGUUCCUUCGACUACUACCUCAAUCCCACUGGCGAGAUCCCCAACGAAGCCGUACCUAUCAUCGACCUAGACGAAGAGCGCCGCGAAACGCGCGCCACAGAUGGCACCACGGUUCAGCUGCCGGCUCUCCCACAAUACGUCCUCGAGCGCUUCAACCGCUCAAUCCUCCCUUUGCGUAACUAUUUGAACCCUGCUAUCGACCAGAUUCCUAACUUAGAUUUGUCUGAGGAUCACGAUGCCGAUGGGAUGCAAUUCUGGGGCGAGGACGGUGGACGAUUUGAUCGAUUCCUGUCUGGUUCCGAGGAAAGAGAUGAUGAUGAGAGCAGCAGCGAUGAGAGCGAAGACGAGCAUGAGGAAGAUGAUUGCGAGGGCGACGACGAUGACGAUGAUGACAACGACAUCGAUUUACCUGGGCAUCGAUAA